UUCUGGAUAUACUUAGUGUGGAGUCGCUAGUUUCUUCUUCGCCUCUCAAUUUUCCUCCUCUCUCUUCGGCCACUUGCAGAAGAAAAAAAGUUGAGCGGCUAGCAAUUGGAAGAUCCACAGUGAGGUAAUGGCAGCCGCCGCGCUGAUUUCUUCUUCUCUCUACUGCUUCUCCUCUAUUCGCGAUGUUCGCGUGUCGAGUGCGGCAAGAACCGCUACCGUUGCUCGAAAAUUUGGAACGGCAUUCGCCACCGGUUCUCCUCUGUUGAUCCAGAGACCAGUUUACCAGAACUAUACUGCUUGCAAUUCGAGAUUAGUUUCCAUAAGAUGUGAACAGAGCACCAAGGAAGGCGGCGGUUUAGACGUAUGGCUUGGGCGGCUGGCUAUGGUCGGCUUUGCUGCUGCUAUUAGUGUUGAAAUUGCGACUGGCAAAGGGCUUCUUGAGAAUUUUGGGUUGCCAACACCAUUACCAACAGUGGCGUUGGCAGUGACAGCAUUAGUGGGAGUUCUAACUGCAGUCUUCAUCUUCCAAUCUGCAUCCAAGAACUGAAAGUUUCUUAAUUCCUAUAUCCGGUCCUUGCACAACCAGUGGAUUCUCUCAAAAUGUUGUCUGUUGUAUUCAUAAUUUUUCAAGUAUAUAGCUACUAUCAACAAAGUUGAUCAUAUUCUUUGACAGUGUAUACAUGAUCAAGACGUUCUUUGUGUUUUGUUAAUUACACAUGCAAGAGGCACUUUUUACAAA